ACGUCCGAGGCCGCGCCGGUGGACACGCCGACUCAUCUCGCCCAUCUUUACACUAUUAUUUACAUCCUGCCCGAGCCUAGUAGGCCUCACCGUAGCGGAGAAAGUGCGAGGCGUUUGCCACGUACGCCUGCGUACGGAAGUACGGAAGUGCGGGUGUUCGUAGGACGUCUCUAAGGACGGGAGAAGACGCGGUACUCGAGUUUUCAUUCAAGGAAGUGAUGUUCAGCGGGGAAAAGGCUUGUCACAGCUCCACUUUCUAAGACGCGAUCUUACUGCCCCGUCGCUGUCGUUUGCUUUCCCAUGAGUCGGCGGCGCGUUGUUGUGCAGUCAUGCAUUGUCUUGGUAGCUUGCCUGACGUGGGCGAAAUGUGCAACAGGGAAAGGUUCACUACAGCGGGGUGACUCGGCAGGUGGUGCCCCUCCCCCCUCGACGGGCGGCGCCGGAGGGGAGGCGGUCGUCUUGUGGUGGACUCCUUUUACAGGGAUUAUGGGUCAGUCGCGAAAUUGCGGUUUGGGCUCUUGCUUUUUUACAGAGGAUCGCUCUUACCUGCACAACAAGCGACUGAAAGCGGUACUGUUUUAUGGGAGUGACUUCAGCAUCGAGGACCUCCCUCUCCCCCGGCAGUCGAGGCACUGGUGGGGCCUCCUGCACGAAGAGUCCCCGAAAAAUCAACCUCUCUUCGACCACCAACCUGUCUUGCAGCUUUUCAACAUUACGUCAACAUUUCGCCGUGGCUCUAACUUUCCUCUCACACUGCAACAUCUGAAAUCCAUCGAGGCGCUCACUUCAACGCGCGAAUUCGUUCCCACAAAGGAAAAAAACCACUUGCUCGGGAAAGAAAGUUUAGCGCCUGUCGUCUACGUACAGUCGGACUGUGACACGCCAGCCCAGAGAGACAAGUAUGUCAGUGAAUUAGCCAAGUAUAUCAAGAUCGACUCGUACGGCGCGUGUCUGCACAAUCGAGACCUCCCAGCUCACCUGCAGGACCCGGCAGGGACUUACAACCACGGCGACUUCCGCGCUCUGGUUGCCAAGUACAAGUUUGCCAUCGCCAUCGAGAACGCCGGCUGCGACGACUACAUCACCGAGAAGCUGUGGCGGCCCUUGACUCUUGGGACCGUGCCUGUGUACUGGGGUUCGCCCACCGUACGAGACUGGGAACCCAAUCCACACUCGGUCAUCGUCGUGAGCGAUUUUCAGACCCCGAAGGAACUCGCGGUGUUCCUCCACCGGCUGUUAGAAAACGACACUUUGUACGAGUCCUACCUGAAGCACAAGUUAAACCAGGAAGUGACAAAUGCCUAUCUUUUGGAGACCAUGGAAAAACGCCGCUGGGGAAUCGACAAUGACUUCGAGAAGGGAAAUUUCAUCGAGCAUUUCGAGUGCCACGUGUGCGACCAGGUGCUGACGCGACACUCGGGCGGCAGGAGCAAAGCCAAUCCCGGGGAAUUCCAGGCAGAUCUGAGUCACUACGGAUGCCCAGAGCCUGAAACGGUGCUCGGGGAGGACGAGGAAGCCAGGAACUUUUGGGUGGAACAGUGGAACAAGGCGAGGGUGGAAGCGCAGGUGUUGCAUAGACUCGUCUCUCUUCCGCCGAAGCGCUUCACUCCCGACGAGUUCUUCGACGCCGUGAUUCCCGAAUUGCAAAGAGACGGGUUUUUCCAAAGGUUCCCUCCUGAGCACGAGGAGUUGUGAACUGCACUCAGGGUUUAGAGAUAUAUAUUGUUUUUUUCUACUCUUUCUGUCUCUUCAGCGUAUCAGUUGACCAGAUUUAUUAUAUUUUUCUAUGUAUAAUUAUUAUUUUCUAUUAAUUUAAAUAUUUUUGAUACUAUAGUGUUAUGUUAAA